AUGCCUUAUGACGGACUUUCUGUUCAGCCUCUGCAAUUGGGGAAUACCAGUGAUAUCACUAAAGAUUGUGACAGCUGGGGUGGUAAUGAUGGUGGAUUGCAAGUAACCCACAAAAUAGACAAAUGCAGUUCUGUGGCGAAUGUGAGAGUUGUGAGAUUUGUUCAGUGGCGAAUAGGCGGUUUAGUAACACCUAAAAUACUAGCAUACAUCAAUUAUGAACUAUACAUUAUAAAAAUGGGUCUUAAAGCAACGAAAUACCACAUGUCUGCUAUGGAAACGUGCUGUAAUUGGAUCAUAGUUGAUGUGCAGAUCCACAGGAAAAAUUAAUAUAAAUUGCUAUGCCUUUGAACUUGCACUGGAUCACUCACCAGGGUUUCCGAAGAAUGAGCUUCUUGCAACAAAGACAACUUUGAGUUGAUGAGAUUAAGAAGCUCCUUCAUGGUCAUUAACUCAGCAUCUUGAAGCUUCUUUAGUAAAUGAAUCCUGGUAGUAACCAGGAUUAUUUUGCUGCAGACUGUACCUACAAACAUUUGAAAGUCCAUGUCUUUGGGCAGCAUCAAAGAGAACACACAGUUAAGGUAACAGCACCAAAUGCUGACAGGUUAAGGGAAAAAUUACUCUCAACUAGCUGAUGUAGUCAAAAUAUUUACAAAAUAUUUCUUUUCAGAUUUAGUUGGAUUCUUAAUAAUUUUAAACAUUUUCCUCUAUAAUAAAUAAUUUAACAUUUCAAGACACAUUUUUUUAUAAAAGAGAAACUAAUGUUCUAAUUAAAUUUAACCUGACAGGUCAAUUGUCACCGAUUCCUAAAGUUGACAUGUGAAGAACCUAAAAAGUCAUAAAAAACAAGAAUUAAAUUCAUUAAAUGAUUUUUGUUAAUAGUUAUGAUUAAAUGUAAUGUUAAAAAGAAAACAAAAAAAACAUGAAAUCCGUUCAGACAUACAAAUUCUUUAGAUAUUGCAACUUCAGUACUUAUUUAUUACACCAAGUGUUAUAGCUGAUUUUUUGCACUCUUUUUUCUUACCUCCAUUUCCAUCUUCCACUCUUGUACCCUCAGUCUCUCGGUAUCUUUAAGUUCUUGGAAGACAGAUACAUCCAUUGGUUAAAUUAAGGAGAAUGGGAAUAUAACUUACAAGCUCAAUCCCCUUUUCUGAACAAAACUGUGAGUCGUAUAUAGUAAUGAGAAGUAUGCCCAUCUAAAUAAUACAACUACUGGCAUCUUAAUUUUGCUUUGAAGUAGCCAAAAAUAAAAUAUAUG